AUAAAUCAUUGCAGCACUCAAGCCCCUAUAUGGAUGAAUGUGGGCAGUGGCUCAAUGCCAAGUGUUGGCGAGACGAGGAAGGCAACAGCAUGUGCCGCAUUUACACGAAAUGCUCAAACGGAAUCGCCUUCUAAUUGCUGUAUUCUGCGUAUAGAAACAAAAAUCAAGAAUUGUGGAAAUUAUUAUGUUUAUUUCUUGUCCCCACCACAAAGUUGUUUUAUGGCAUAUUGUACGCAAGAGCCACGAGAAGCAUGUGGGGACGGGGAAUAUUCCAAAGAUGGAUACCAACCAUGUAGACCGGCACACCCAUACCUGAUAUCAGAUCCACAUAUAAGACCGAUUGUUGCAGAAAAUAGAGUAUAUUUACAAUGUACCAUCCUUCCUCCUGUCACUAACGUAACGCUUGACGUUGGCUUUACUGUGAGAUGGUUAAAGCUCGGUGAUCAUGGUGACAGAACAGAACUCCUCGCAGCAGAUAUUGAAAAAAUGUUUUCACGACUGGAAGUGAAAGACAAUUUGUUAAUGGGAGAACUUGUAAUUUGUGAAAUAAAGGCAUAUUAUUUUGAGACUAUUAACUUGAAAAGUGAUAAACGAGAAAGCAGUCCAUUCUUUGCAGGAAUAAAUAUUGUACCAAACUCUCUGACACUGGCUGAAAAUGGUACAUUUCAUAUGGUUACUAUGGAAACAACAAUACCUAUUGUUUGCAACGACCCAUUAUUGAAUCAGUGCAGUAUAACUGUGAAUAUCCAAACCAGGGACGAAGAUGGUCUAAACCUCCGAGAUGAUAUCGUGCUUUCUAGAUGUUCAAUUCAUUUUGUACCACAACUCUGUAAAGAACUGCAUUGCGGGAUUGAAACCAUCCUUGUUACAGCUGUGACAGACUUUGCUGAAGAUGGAGAUAGAAGAAUUACCAUAGUGACUGAAAGCAUUGAAAGCAGUAAUGCCAUUUGGCAUGGGUAUGACCCUGCUGAUAUUCAGGUGAUGGUGAAAGAUAUUCCGACAUCCAUGUGUUAUUCAUUCACGGACCCACAUUUUAUAACUCUAGACGGAAGAAAAUAUGAUUACUACAAAACUGGGACAUUCAUAUUGUAUAAGAGUACAAUCAGGGAUUUCGAGGUGCAAAACACUCUUUGGCCAUGUGGAGGAACGUCUCACCCAGUUUCUUGUAAUUGUGGGUUCGUAGUGCGAGAGAAUAAUGAUAUCAUCUCAGUUGAUAUGUGCAAAGGAAAUUUUCUUGAAACAAAACCAGAAGUGAAAGUUCUAGGACGAUUUCCCCUCUCUGAUGGGGUGAAAAUUAAAGAAACUAAGCAUGGUGGGAAAUUAACUAUUGAGUUUCCAUCUGGGGCCUUUGUUCGUGCUGAUGUUGGUGAGUGGGGAAUCAGUAUCACCAUACAGGCACCGUCUGUGGAUUUCAAUCAUACCAUUGGACUUUGUGGAUUGUUUGAUGGUAAUCCUAAUAAUGACUUUCAUGACAGAAAUAUGAAUAUUCUGAACAUACCACUCAAGAAAGGACAAGCCAAUGAAUUUGUUGAACAGUGGAGAAUUCAAGACGGUGGGUUCAAGAAAUUGCUUCCGUUGCCAAAAUUGUAUCGUCCUACAGUUCAUCUUUGUUGCUGCAGUCAAAUGUCGCCGCCAAACAAUCAGCUUAACAACACAUUACCAACAACUAUAAAUAUGUUCAACCAAAUUGAUUAUGAAUGGAAAUGCGACAAUUUUAACAAUGUUAGACGACCGGAAGUUAUUUAUUCAUUUGAUAUCACAUCAUUAUAUGCAAAUAGUGUCUUCAGUCACCGCAAAAGAAGAAGAGUAGACAGUGAAAUGAUGUUUAAAACUUAUAGAAACAAAAAUAAAUUGUCAACUACAAGCGACGACGACAGUAUCAAUCAUGGUAACUAUGGUGACAUACAUGAGAAUAUUUAUCAAGUACUGGGCGACAUAGAAGUUAACUUGGUACCACUGGACAGGAAAUGGCCAACGCCCACUGGAAUAACAGAACAACAAGCUCGAACAAUUUGUGAAAACAAACUUUUUAAUACGAGCAUUGCCAAAAUGUGCAGGCAUAUAUUAAAAGAUAAAAUACACGAUGCUGUUGACAUGUGUGUUGCUGAUUUACAACUAACGGACGACCUUAUAUGGCUAGAUCAAUCGGAAGCACUUAUCGAAAAUCAAUGUGAAGCUGCAUUGCGUCUAAAUGCUUCUAUUUGGCAACACAACGCCCCGGCUUAUACUGAACAUAUAGCUGAAGUAUUUAACUGUCCAAACAACUGCCAUGGUAACGGAGAAUGUACACCAACCGGAUGUGUGUGUAACCGUGGUUAUAAUUCACAUGACUGCAGAAACAGGAAAUCACAGGCGCCAAAGAUAGUGAGUCUGGAGAACAACGGAUUGUGUGAUAUCCGUAUUCAGAAUUGUACUAGGAUACGUGUCACUGGAAGGCGAUUUAAAAAUAUUGACGAUUUUAGAUGUAUAAUAACACCAGACACAUCAGAGCAGUACCAAAGUAUAUUAAAUGAAUCAAUACAAGAUGCAAUUUACGUCAAUAAACGUACCGUAUUGUGUGACUUAUCUUCAUUGUCACAGAAACAACAAACUCGUGCAUUAGUUAAGAUGGUAAUCAAGGUUGCCUUCAAGGGAUUUGAACCAAGUAAUGCUGCCAUACUCACAUUGUUUGAUUCAUUGUGUUUUGACUGUGAUUGGACAGGAAAAUGUAAACGAAAGAUAUUUGCAACUGACCCAGAUGGUACCAGUGUGCUGUUCCAACUUGUAGACGAAAAAUCUGGACUAACGUUAUCAAAGUCAGGUUUAUUAACUUGGAAAUCACAAUCACCAGGGGCAAUCAACGUAUCAGUAAAAGUAACCGAUGAUUGUAGUAUGUCAAUAUAUUACAGUUUACAGAUACUAGCUUAUCCAUGUGAUUGUAAAAAUGGAGGUUUUUGUGUUUCAGCAGAUAGUACCCAGUAUGCGUGUGCCUGUCCAUUGGAAUUCAUGGGUGAUCUCUGUGAAAUUAAUGCAUUGACCUGUGCUUCAUCUCCUUGUUCUCACGGUAACUGCAUCAAUGAAAUUGAUGGAUAUUCAUGUAUAUGUGCACCGGGUUAUACAGGUACAGACUGUGAAAUCCCAGAUGGAAUGUCAUGUGAUCCUAAUCCAUGUUUCAAAGGCGUGACAUGCUUAAUCCACGAAGGCAUUAUAUCAUGCGAUGUAUGUCCUGCUGGAAUGGUUGGAGAUGGUUUCACGUGUUCAGAAAUGUGCAACAGACCAUGUCCAUUAAACUCGUAUUGUGCUGCCCCUAAUAUGUGUAAAUGUACUCCAGGAUAUGUUGGAUUUGGAUGUCAUAUAGCCAUGUGUCGUCCUGAUUGUCAAAAUGGUGGUCGGUGCAUAAAACCGAAUGUAUGUUCUUGUAUGAUAGGGUAUACUGGUAAUUACUGCCAACUACCUAUUUGCUCACCACCAUGUCAGAAUGAUGGAAAAUGUGUAGCGAGAAAUGUAUGUUCUUGUAAUUAUGGAUAUAUAGGGCCAAGAUGUGGGACAAUGACAUGUAAUAAACAUUGCGAAAAUGGAGGUGUGUGUUCUUCACCAGACGUAUGUCACUGCCAGCCUGGUUGGACUGGGCCUACCUGUGCACUUGCCGUUUGUCUUCCACAUUGUAAAAAUGGUGGCAUGUGUGUCCGUCCUAAUCAGUGUUUAUGUUACAAUGGCUUUUAUGGACACAGCUGUGAAAUGGGAAUCUGCUUUCCAUCGUGCAAAAAUGGUGGCACAUGCACACGGCUUAAUAUGUGUACCUGUCCUGUUGGUUAUUAUGGUAGAAGAUGUGAAAAGGUUCGAUGUGAACCACGAUGUCAAAAUGGUGGUAAAUGUGUGAAACCCAAUCAAUGUUCCUGUCCAUCCGGAUACAGAGGGGGAAAAUGCCAUCGAGCUAUAUGCGUAUCUGGAUGUGGUCAAAAUGGUAUGUGUGUUCAGCCAAAUGUAUGUGCCUGUCAGCAAGGAUUUACAGGAUUAAAUUGUCAAACACCAACAUGUCAGCACAGGUGUAUGUAUGGAGGACGCUGUAUCAAACCAAAUACUUGCUCAUGCAGGCAUGGUUACUCUGGUCCAACAUGUGGCAGAAGGCCA